AUGGAAAAUGUAUCAGCAGUGACAUCCUUCAUAUUGCAGGCAUACAAUGAACUGGAAGGUCACAGAUAUUUAUUCUUCAUAUGUUUCCUUCUUUUAUAUGUUGUGAUAUUAUUGGGCAACUGUGUUCUAAUUUUGACCAUUUUCUUUGAGAGGGGCCUGCAUGAACCCAUGUAUUUGUUUAUAUGUAACUUAGCAGUGAAUGGACUUUUAGGGAGCACAUCAUUAUUACCAUCUAUGCUUGUUUUCGUGGCUAUUGCAUUGUCCUGGAUUAUCCCAUGUCUUUACUUUACCAUUUACUUCAUAUUAUCUGUACAACGUUCAUUUUGUGGCAGAAUCAUUGAACAAUUGUAUUGUAGCAUUUAUCCUUUAUUUAAACUAUCUUGUUCUGAUACGUCAGUUCUGCACCUUGUUGGGCUGGAGCUCUUCAAUGUGAGGCACUGCUUAUGUGUUAAGCUGCGAGACGGCAUUGAACAUUGA